AUUUAUGAGCUUGCCGUUUGCUGGUUCUGUUGAACCAAUUAACUGAACAGUUCUAAUCUAAAAAUCGUCCAGCUGAGACAGUCAAUCAUGGCUUCAAGCAGCAUCUUGGCAGUAUGGAUACUGGCUAUGGUAACUGUCAUUCCAAAUAUCAAUGGCCGAGCAGUUCACGAUAUCCGCACCACAAACGAUGGAGCUACGCAUGUAAAAAAUAAUUCAUACUCGCGAAAUGUUGAUCCGGCGGCAUUUCAACUUCCGAAAGCAACCGAACUGAUACUGGAAUCAUUUAGCUUUGAGGACUGGAAUGUGACUCAUUUUGACAAGUUGGCUGGAACACGCUAUCUUACUUUGUUGUAUGGAAACAUUCCAAGGAUGACGUUUCAAUCGAAUCGGUUGGAGUCAUUUACCGUAGUCCAAACGAAUCUAACGGUUUUCGAGGUAGUUCCUCAGGAAAAUCAUCAGCUGAGAAUAUUGCAACUGGUACGGAAUAAGUUACGAUCAGUUCCCGCUAAUUUGCGAUUCUUGGUUGGACUCACAACAUUGGACCUGUCGCAGAAUCAUCUGGAAUUCAUUGAUCUGAACCAGUUUUCUACUUUGAAGGAGCUAAAAAACCUAGAUUUGUCGGUAAACAAAAUCCGUUCCAUCGAUGCGUCGUUGAAUUUGAGUUUUCCUAAAAUGAAAAAUAUUUGGAUCAGCUACAAUCAACUGGAACAGUUCGAAGGAUUUCCUGGAUCAUUUCCGGCACUGGAAACGGUGCGGUUAAUUGGCAACUUGUGGAGCUGUUCAUGGGUUGACCGUGCCCGAAAGGAUAUUAUGGAGCGUGGAAUUACGACGUUUGGAGUCGACUACGGUUGCAGUCAGCAUCGGCAGGGUGGAUUGUGCUGUUACGGAACGGUGAGCACCACGGAAGCCAGUCUGCUGAGCGAAGGACCCCUGAUCGGACAGAUACAGAAGCUUACCAAUGAACUGGCCGUCAAUCCGCUGAACAUGUCCGGGGAGCAAUCGUUGGAAUUACUGACGAAAAAUGGCAGCAAGGAUGAGGGGAAAGUUUUGAUAGGGGUCCGACGGGAUAGGGUGGAGGUGUUUUUCUGAUUGUAAACGAAAUUUUCUAGUUUGUAAGAUAGUGAGUGAGGGGUCGCAAAUUGCUAGCACUGAAGUGAUUAUAAAACAUGUGUUAUGUGAAUAAAUUGUGCAAUGUAGCAAUACCAUACAGGCAAUA